AUGGCGAGAAGCACUUACAAUAUUAUUCUUCCCAUUUUCCUCCUCUGCUUUCUGCAGCAAACACAUACGACCCUGUCGCUUCCCCUGUUCUCCAUAAUCUCCACGAACCAAACCCAAGUCUACAUCGUCCACGUCCAGCACCCGAAUGGCCCCGCUGAGCUCCUCCCCCACAUCGACCGUGAAAGCUGGUACCAUUCUUUCCUCCCCAACACCACCCUCGACUCCGGCGAACCCCGCAUGGUCUACACGUAUUCCGUCGUCAUGUCCGGUUUUGCCGCCCGCCUCACUCCAGACGAAGUCAGGUUCAUGGAGUCCAUCCCCGGCUUCCUUUACGCCCACAUCGACAAACAGCUCCACCUACGCACCACUCACACACCCACCCUCCUCGGCCUCAACCAAUACUACAGCCUCUGGAAACAAUCCAACCAAGGCGAAGGCAUUAUCAUCGGCGUCCUCGACACCGGCAUCACUCCCGACCACCCGUCCUUCGCUGACCCCGGCCUGCCUUCCCCUCCCCUCAAGUGGCGCGGCAGUUGCAACCUCCCCGCCGGCUUCUCCUGCACCAACAAACUCAUCGGCGCCGAGGUCUUUCUCAACGGAGGCACGAAUACCCCCAUCGAUGACCUCGGCCAUGGUACCCACGUCGCGGGCAUCGCCGCUGGCUCGCCCGUCCCAGACGCCAACGUCCUUGGCCAAGCCCGCGGCACCGCCUCCGGGAUGGCUCCAAGGGCCCACAUAGCCUCCUAUAGGGUCUGCGUCCCGCCAUUCUCCUGUAGUGACAGCGACAUUCUCAAGGGCUUCGACCAGGCCAUCAAGGACGGCGUCGACUUGAUCCAGAUAUCCAUUGGCUUCGCGAAUGAUGAUUAUUACCACAAUGGCAUCGUCAAGGGAUCCUUCGCAGCGCUGACACGUGGCAUCCUGACAAUCAACUGCGCCGGCAAUCAUGGCCCGGCAAAAAGCAUCCUCGACAACGACGUUCCCUGGAUCCUCCACGUGGGCGCCGCUAACAUAGACCGUCGUGUCACCGCAGUGCUGACGCUCGACAAUGGCAUGGAGUUCGUGGGCAUGUCGGCUUACCAGCCGGACCCUUCGACGGCGGUGAACCUCCCGCUUGUUUAUCCUGGAGUGAAAGACACCGACCAGACGUUGGCGUGCGAGAAAGGAUCGAUGGCUGGCUUUGAUGUGGUUGGGAAAAUGGUGCUGUGCGGGUUCGAGCGUAAUAAUAAUAUUGAGAAGGCCAAGAUCGUGAAGGCUGCUGGAGGUGCUGCCAUUGUCGUCAUGAACCAGAAAUGGAAUGCGUAUACUCUACUUGCAGAUCCUUAUGUUAUUCCCGCCAUCCACGUCUCCCACAAUGACGGCAUUAAAAUCGUGAAUUAUUUCAAUACCACCCAAAAUCCCACUGGGACGAUAACGUUUAAGGGUACCGAAUAUGGAAUCCGGCCAUCGCCGACCGUUGCCAGCUUCUCCUCGAGGGGGCCGAGUAUACUAAACGGUGGCAUUUUGAAGCCUGAUGUCAUCGCACCCGGAGUGAACAUACUUUCAGCGUGGCCCUUCAAGGUAGGGAAGGGUGGGGCUCACGAUGUAUCCAAAGGAACGAAAAACUUUGUCAUGGAGAGAGGCACCUCCAUGGCGGCACCGCAUGUAUCUGGUGUCGCAGCUCUGUUGAAAGAGUUACACCCUGAUUGGUCCCCUGCAGCAAUCAAGUCAGCGAUCAUGACUACAACUUAUAUCCUAGACCGCGACGGAGGGCCAAUUAUCGAUGAUGCAUCAAACACACGCGAUCACGCUGACAUCUUUGCGGUUGGUGCGGGGCACAUAAACCCAACCGCGGCUAAUGAUCCAGGACUUGUUUAUGAUGUCACAAACACAGAUGACUAUAUUCCUUACCUCUGUGGCUUGAAAGAUUACACAAGCGGGCGGGUCUUCCUUAUUGUGAAGAAGUUUGUGACUUGCAGUCCGAAAAAGAUGGGUGCAGAGCAGUUGAACUACCCAUCGAUUCAGGUGUCAAUGGGGUCGGCUGGAGCGCAAAAGAAGAGUGUGCAGCGAACGGUGAAGAAUGUUGGGGAGGCGAGAUCCAACUACCAAGCAAGUGUGGUGGAGCCGAGAGGGGUGAAGGUGGUGGUUAUCCCGGAGACGCUCCAGUUUUCGAACGUUGGCGAGGAGAAAAACUUCACGGUGGAGUUGAGUUUGACGGGGAAGGGCCAGUUAAAGAAGAAUGAUGUGUUGGAAGGCAGGCUCAAUUGGGUGUCCGGCAAACGGGUGGUGAGCAGCCCCAUUGUCGUCACUGCAUGA